AUGGGGCCGCUGCUGCUCGGCGUGUGCCUGGGCCUGGCCUGGGCCGGGCAGGACCGCAGCCCGGUGCCCGUGCAGCCCGGAUUCAGCCCCGAGCAGGCGGAGGGAGCCUGGCACACCGUCGCGCUGGGAGCCUCCCGCCCGUCCGCCGUCCAGGAGGGCGGCGCCUUCCGCUGCUUCAUGACCGACGUCAGGGGCCUGGGGAACGGGGACCUCAACGUCACCUACUUCCACAGAAAAGACGGCGAGUGCGUCAAGGAAUUCUACAUCGCAGAGCGGACGGAUGCGCCGGGCCGCUACACCUUUGAGUACCAAGGCACCGUCUACCUGACGUUUGUGGUCCUGAACGACGACUUCGCCAUCAUGGACUUGGAAAACCACGGCGCAGACGGCGUCCUCGUCGUGGUCGAGCUCCACGGCAGGAGCGUGUCCGCGGGCCGCCGCGGGCUGGAGGCCUACGGGAAGCACGUGGCCAGCAGGGGCCUGCGGCCGAGCGACACGGUGGACCUGGGUCUCGAGCGUAAGCCCCCCGCGCAGCCCUGCUUCUCGCUGGAACCCGAGCCGCCCUGGCCCUGGGGAGAUGCGACUCCCUGGAGUCGUAGGUCCCGCUGGGCCCUGGAGCCGGCCUCUCCUGUGACCUCCACCUCGGACGCCUCCUGA